AUGGCCGAGUUCUCCGUCCCGGACCGCAGCAGCCCCGCCGAAGGCUUCACGCUGUACAAGUGGCUGGGGGGCGUCGUUCUGCUCGUCGCGCUGCUCGGCCUGCUGGGGAACCUCCUGGUCCUGUGGCUGCUGGGCUUCCUCAUCCGCAGGAACCCCGUCUCCGUCUACGUGCUCAACCUGGCCGCGGCCGAAGCCCUCUUCCUGUGCGGCCACUCGGUGCUCUGCUUGGGGGACCUGCUAGACUACUUCGAGCGCUCCCCCGCCUGGAUGGGCGUGAACGACAUCACCGAAAUGGCCUACUCCGCCGCCCUGAGCCUGCGGGCGGCCACCUGCGCCGAGCUCUGCCUCUCGGCGCUCUGCCCGCGCGGCUACCGGCGCCGGCGGCCCCAGCACACGUCGACGGUGGUGUGCGGCGGCCUCUGGGUUCUGGCCUGCCUGCUGCUGGGGGGGCACUUUCUGUUCUGCCUCAGCGACCAGGACAGCCAUUUCUGCAACCCCAUCAUCAUCGGCCAGAUGGUCCACUUCUUCCUCUUCACCGCCCUGCUCUUCCUGGCCAGCCUCGCCAUCGUGCUGAAGGUCCAGUGCAGCGGCCGGCGCCGGCGGCGGCCGCCCAGGCUCUACCGCCUGGCCCUCAUCAUGGCCCUCGUGUUCCUGCUCUUCGGCCUGGCCCCCGACAUCGAGCAUUUCCUGGAGACCUUCGGCAUAGACGUCCUCGUUCCCCUCUGGCUGCCCACGCUCCUGGCCAACUUGAACUGCAGCGCCAACCCCGUCCUCUACUUCGCCCUGAACCGCCGCCGCCGCAGGGGCAGGAGGGGGAGGGAGCCGCUCCGGCGGGUGCUCCAGAGGGCCCUGACCGACGAGCAGGACCUGGAGGGCGACGAGAGGGACGCCUCCCACACCACCACCUGGGAGACGUCCUUCUGA